GUCUGUAUUGCUAACUGUACUUAGUAUAUUUUGUUUGUAUAGUAUGAUGAGAUGAGGACGCUGAGGGACAGUCAAGUCUGCGUCUGCGACCAGCGGUGGUGCGAGUUGAGCUACCCUCCCGCCGCGGCUCAGGAUCAGCACAGCUUGGUAUCACAUGCACAAAAUCUGUGGAACGAUUGGGAGAUCCAAUGCUUGGUGUUGGUGAGCUUCUCCCUACAGGUCUUCCUCCUCUUCUCCGCCGUCUUCCGGAAACUGUACCGCUCCGUCGUGCUCAGCGUGCUGCUCUGGCUCGCUUACUUAUCAGCGGACACUGUGGCAGUCUACCUCCUCGGCCGCCUCACGCUCCUUGUGGGUGAUGACCCGCGCCACCAGAUAGUGCUCUUCUGGGCUCCAUUCCUGCUGCUCCACCUCGGCGGGCAGGAGACCAUCACAGCCUUCUCCAUGGAGGAUUGUGCGCUGUGGAAGCGUCACCUUCUGAACCUGGCCACCCAGGUGUCGCUGGCCAUCUAUGUCGUGUGCAGGCAGUGGCGAGGAGGCGACAAGCAGCUGGUGGCUCCCACGACGCUCAUGUUCAUCGCUGGGAUGACCAGCUAUGCCGCGAGGAUAGUGGCACUCAAGAGAGCCCAGCCAACAUCAUUGAUGUCGUUGUCGGAAAGCAGCAACGUUAUAUAUACUUUCAUGCCUGACCAUAUCGAGCAUAGAAUGAGUAAUUACUAUGACAAGCUGGCAUCCAUCAUUUCACAUAAGCAAGAGAGAAAUUUCGAGAAAGUCAUGGAGCUGGCCACCAAUGGCUUCAGCCUAAGCUUGGAUUUCUUGAUGGACGUAGGGAAAGGUUAUCUCACAGCUCCCACUUUUUUAACGGCAUGUUCUCGGGAAUCUGAAGAAAUAAUUUUGAGAUGUCGAUCUUCAGACACGGACGACAUGUCAUUCAAGUUGGCUGAGAUCCAUCUCUCAUUGAUCUACGACCACUUGUACACCAAGUUUGGAGGAAACCUCAUGGCAGCGUGCUGCCGCCUGACCACAUUUGCCCUAACAAGUAUUGCCCUCGUUCUGUUUGUUGUAUCCACCAGGCUUGAUCACAAGGGGAACACCUACUAUAAGACAGCUGACAUAACCAUAUCUUACAUAUUACUUGUGGGGGCCAUUGCAUUGGAGAUAUCAUCUGUCUUGCUGUGGCUCUUGUCAUCGUAUUCACCAUGGAAAUUUCUCGGAACCUCGUCUGUUGCAAGCAGAGUAUUGUACAGCAUCAUCAAAUAUCUCCGUCCUCUAGAAAGCAGAGUGGAGUGGUCAGGGAAGAUGCAACAGUUGAACAUGGUUGACUGGUGCAUCCAGGAGAGACAAACUACUGCAGGAUGGCUAGAACGGAUGAAGCGUCGUGUCGGCAUUGAAGGACGAGCCUGCAACAAGCCUGUCGAAGUAUCUGCAGACCUAAAGAAUCUAGUCCUUCAUAAAAUGCUCCAGACAUUACAUGCCAUUUCAUCUAGACGAUCGGAGUUGGACUUGACCAAAUUCCAUGGCCAGUGGGCUCAACUGUGGGUCAAUCAUCACUCAUUCAGCCAGAGCAGGCUGCCCAAAGUAGUGCAGCACGUCAGUAACCUCAUCGAGGUCCUCGCCAGAACAAAGAAGAAAAAAGAAAGCAGUGAAGCACCUCAACGAGCACCUGAGGUUAGUAUGUUCCAAGAUUUGGGGUUUGUGAAAAGUGUUUUUCUUUGGCACCUAGUUACAGACCUAUGCCUACAAGAUGAUCAGGCUGACACUGACACCACCCCUGCUACUGAAUUUCUAGUUGACACCACCUAUGCUACUGCUAUUCUAGAUGAUCAGGCUGACACUGACACUGGCACCACCCCUGCUACUGCUACUCUAGAUGAUCAGGCUGACACUGACACCACCACUACUACUGCUAGUAGUAGUAGUAGCAAGGAUUAUAAGUUGAAAAGCUCGAUCCGGGAGUUAUCAAAUUACGUCAUGUAUCUCCUUGUCAAGUGCAAAGCAAUGGUCACUGUGUACGAUAUUGACAGUCUCAAUGGCAUUCGAUGGAAAUUCCUGAACAGUUUGGUUAUCAUAAUUGACCAACAAGUUGGUCGGAGGCAUAUCCUCCUGAAUAUCCAACAGUGUUACAACGAGUACGAUGUGUUGUCAGAAGCUAACGAAAUCACACGGGAGGACGAUGUGUUGUCAGAAGCUAAAAAAAUCUCACGGGAGUUCCUUCGAAUGGGGAAGGAGGAGGAGGGUCUCUGGGACCUGAUCGCGAUGGUAUGGGUGGAGAUGCUCUGCUACAUUGCCUUUAAUUGUGAUGCCGCUUUCCACACUAAACAGCUAUGCGCUGGUGGGGAGUUUGUCACCCAUGUCAAGAUGCUCCUCGUGAUUCUAAAUUUUUCUUUUUAAACACGAAUUAUGAUCAAUUCUGUAUGUAAUUGAUAUUUCCUCCACUCAUGAUACAAUAAUAUAUGUCCUUUUUCUUCUCA